ACAAUUCUGGGGUGUGGUUUACUGAAACACCUCGUCUCCGUUCCAUGUGUAUGCCUACUAAGUUGUUUAGAUGCAGUAGACUACGUUAACUGCUAUCUCAACGUCUCACUUUUUUACUCACUUUGCGAAGAAUGGAAUUUUAGCUUGAUCUGAAACUGCGCAAACCUCUGGAUUCUUUAGGGCGAGGUUGACCUGAACAACAGAUAAACGACAGUAGGACAGAAUAAUAUUGAGAAAGAAAUGCUCAAUAUGGAGUCAGACUCAGGAGCAACGGGACCGUGUCCAACCGACAUGGGAGAGAAUGAUCCAGAAGAAGUGCUGAGACUGAUCCUGAUUGGAAACACAGGGUCUGGGAAGAGCGCCUCAGGGAACACCAUCCUUGGCCAGGCUGGCCAAGGAGGGCCCUUCGAGUCCAUUUGUAGCCCAGCCUCCGUGACACAAGUCUGCCAGCUGGAGACCUCUGGAUACCAUGUUGAGGAGGAUGCGAAGAGCAGGUCAAGCAGGAGGAGCAAGAGGAAGAAGGUGGCGGUGGUGGACAUGCCAGGUUUUGGAGACACACAACGGACCCAGGAACAGAUCAUCACGGAGGUCAGCAAAAGCAUGACCCUGACGGCCCCUGGCCCACACGCCUUCCUCCUGGUGGUCAAGCUGGAACACUACCCAGAGGAGGUGAAAAGGGCCGUCGAUAUGAUAGCUGAGGUAUUUGGUGAAGUGGCGCUCCGCAAAUACACAGUGGUGCUGUUCGCCAGGGGUGAUGACCUGAAGGGGCUGAUAGAGGAGUUUCUGUCCAGCUCUGAUGACCUCAGGGAUUUGAUUCACAGGUGUGGAGGCAGGUACCACGUAUUCAACAACAAGGAUGAAAGUGAUGUGCAGCAAGUUCCCGAGCUGCUGGAAAAGGUGGAGAAGGUUGUGGAUUUAAACGGUGGAGGGUGUUAUACCAACGCCAUGUACCAGGAGGCAGCAAAGAAGAAAAAAUGCAGUAUCUCUUAGGCCAGGCCAAUGUGUUAAGAUGAAUAAAUAUUAGAACAUCUUCAUUCAUCUAUUGAAUUUUAAAAUAUAUCAAUAAUUGUCAAUCUUAAAGAGCUCCAAUCAGUAACGGUAACAAAUUACAAAAAAAA